AUGCAUUCACUCUCAGCCAAUGCGUCUAUGCUACUGGCCUUCUCUACACUAGCAUACGGCCAGUCUACCGACACAGACUUCGCCAGCGCCUGCAAUGGCCUUGCCUCCAGCCUCACCUUCGACAACGCCACCAUCAGCUCAACGACGUUUGUUGAGGCCGGUACCAAUUUGACCUUUCCCAACAACCCAGCGACAUGUACACGUCCUUUCCAGAUCGUACCUGCCGAUAUCUGCCGUGUUGUCCUGAAAGUCGCCACUUCCUCCCGCUCCAGCGUCAGCAUCGAAGGCUGGCUGCCAUCCACCUCCAAUUGGACAGGUCGGGUCCUCUCCACAGGCAACGGCGGUAUCAGCGGAUGCAUUCAGUACGAGGAUCUCGCGUAUGGCUCUUCCCUCGGCUUCGCCGCCUAUGGCUCCAAUGGCGGGCAUGACGGCAUGACGGGCGUGGAAUUCCUCAACAACGAAGACGUCGUUGCUGACUUCGCCUGGCGAGCACUGCACACGACCGCUAACGUGGCGAAGCAGCUCACGCCGCAGGUGUAUGAUGGUAAGGACUACACCAAGUCGUACUACUUGGGAUGCAGCACUGGUGGGAGGCAGGGUUUCAAGUCCGCGCAGUCGUACCCGGAGGACUUUGAUGGGAUCGUUGCUGGUGCGCCCGCGCUGGCCUUCAACAACCUCACCUCGUGGUCCGGCACUUUUUACCAGCUCUUCCAACGCGCCGGUCCAGAGGGCUUCCCGCCACCAGCAAAGUGGCCCGCUAUCGAUGCUGCACUCCUAGCUCAAUGUGACGCCCUUGACGGCUCAACGGAUGGUAUCAUCGAGAAUACGAACCUGUGUAAUGCGAUCUUCCGACCAGAAGCACUCAUCUGUGGCCCCUCGCCAGCAAACGCCUCAGAAUGUAUUUCGGGCCUACAAGCAGCAACCAUCCGCGACCUGUUCUCUCCGACAUACGGGCUCGACGGUAGUCUUAUUUUUCCUCCUCUUCCUGCGGCGCCAGGUGUGGCUGGCACGGCAUAUAGCUUCUAUGCUCCGGAACCGUUCUUAUACACAGUCGACUGGUUCAAAUACGCCGUGUACAACAAUUCGAACUUCAACGCCGCAGGAUUAACGCUAGAUGAUUUCAGUUAUGCUUGGAACCUCGACCGACGACCCGAUUAUCAGCCCUUCAACUCCGAGCGCUACUAUAACUUCGUCAGCAGGACCAUGAACUUGACUAGCGACGAGCUGGAUUCUUUCUACCGUUGGUAUCGUAUCAGCGGGAUGGGGCAUUGCGCUGGUGGUGAGGGAGCAUGGAGUAUCGGACAAGGACUCGGGCCGGAACAAUCAGUGGACGAGGCAAAUGGCAAUGUGUUGAUGGCAGUUGUGAAGUGGGUGGAGGAGGGGGUGGCGCCGGACGUGAUCGUGGGAACAAAGUACAAGGAGGCUGAUCCUGCAUCAGAUGCGAAUGCAAAGCCGCCGCAGGUGGACUACACGAGGGCACACUGCCGCUACCCGUUGAGGAACGUGUUCGAGGGCGGGCAAUGGCGUUGCGUGUAA